AUGACAGUGCCAGUCCCCGACUUCCACGUUAUCAUCAUCGGAGCCGGUGCAACCGGCCUCCUCAUCGCACAGGGUCUAAAAGAGGCCGGCAUCGCAUAUACAAUCUACGAACAGCACGAUGAGGAGACCUACGCUCGGCGCGCAGGACAAUGGACCAUGGCUCUGCACUCGGCCCGGCCGUAUCUCGAGUCAAUCCUGCCUCCUGUGCUCCGUGCAAAACUGAACUCCGUAACGACGAAUCCCUGGUCCGAGCCAGACCCUGCUAUUGCGGCUGCUAUUCCGUUUGUGAAUGGCGCCACUGGCGAGCUGAUGGCGAAGAUUCCAAUGCCGAGUCCGAAGCGCCUUAUCCGGGGGAAGCUGCGUGAACUCUUAAGGACGGGUGUGGAGGUUAGAUUCGGGAUGAGGUUGACCGACGUCCGGGUGGAGGAUGAUGGGGUCGCUGCUGUUUUCGAUGGGGAAGUGGUUAGGGGGAGUGUGCUUGUUGGAGCGGAUGGACCGCGAAGUGUGGUGCGAGGGCGACUCGUCGAUGCCAAGGCUGCGGCAUUGCAAAAGCCGAACAUCAUGGUUUUUAAUGCCUUCCCGACGUUCCCUAGAGAGCAAGCCCUCUUCAUCCAUGCGAAAUCCCACCCAAUUGUGCAGCUUGCUCCCCAUCCGCACCAGCAGACAAGUCUCUUCUCCAACGGUAUGUGCUCAUUCCCUGCCAACGACGAAACUGACGAGUUAGUGGCCAACGUGGUCGACCCUGCUCGGCCGGAAACAUGGGUAUUUCACUAUUGCCUCUCGAUCUGGACGGCCGAGGACGCCCCAGAAAAUGUGGAGGCGCGCCGCGCACUGUUCAAACACUACAUGAGCCGAUACUGCGAGCCGUACAAGUCGGCCGGUGAAUGGUUGAGUCAGGAUACACCAAUAUUAGCCGAGAAGGGGCUGAACACCGCCUUUGAAGACGUGAAGCGCUUCCUUGACGCCAUCGUCAAGGUUGUACACCACGGCGCGGAUAUCCAGACGGAGAUGGACGGCUACGAUGAGUCGGCGUAUACGCGUGGCAAGCGGGAUAUAGACUUGUCGGCGAAGCAGAUGUACGCGUAUCAUCACUGGGAGGAGAUAAUGACUAGUCCGUUGAUGAAGGGGGGAUACGGUACCUCAAGCAAUAGUUCCGCCACCAAUUAA